UAAAAAGCGCUAGCGGCGCAGCAACCCGGGCUUCAUUCGCUGUUUGUCACGGGGACCCAGAGUGCCGCGGGAAAGCACGGCUGAGAACGGGGUGCUGCGCUCGGGCUACCCAAUGCUGGGACUAUCUGCAGCCGCUGCUCGUGCAAUAUGCUGGAGCUCCAGAACAGCUAAACGGAGUCGCCACACCGCUGCCUGGGCUGGAUCGCAGCGCUGCCUUUCCUUAUGAAGAAGACACAAGUGAGUAGGGCACACCCGGGAGGAGCUCGGAAGCUUUCCAAGAAAAUCUCUCCGGGAGCCCCGGGAAGCCCGGCGCGCCCCGGGACCGGCAACCGGGCCAUGUGGGGCUGCGCCCGCCGGACUUGGAUUAUCACCUGCAUUUAUCUUCUACUGCUCCUAUUCAAUCCUCUGGUCAAAACUAAGGAGAUCUGCGGGAAUCCUGUGACUGAUAACGUGAAGGACAUCACGAAAUUGGUGGCAAAUCUUCCAAAUGACUAUAUGAUAACCCUCAACUAUGUCACCGGGAUGGAUGUUUUGCCUAGUCAUUGCUGGCUACGAGACAUGGUAAUACAAUUGUCACUCAGCCUGACUACUCUUCUGGACAAGUUUUCCAAUAUUUCUGAAGGCUUGAGUAAUUACUCAAUCAUAGACAAACUUGGGAAAAUAGUGGAUGACCUCGUGGAAUGCAUGGAAGAAAACGCACCUAAGAAUGUAAAGGAAUCAACUAAGAGGCCAGAAACCAGGCUCUUUACUCCUGAAGAAUUCUUUAGUAUUUUCAAUAGAUCCAUUGAUGCCUUCAAGGACUUCAUGGUGGCAUCUGACACUAGCGAUUGUGUGCUUUCUUCAACAUUAGGUCCUGAGAAAGAUUCCAGAGUCAGUGUCACAAAACCAUUUAUGUUACCCCCUGUUGCAGCCAGCUCCCUUAGGAAUGACAGCAGUAGCAGUAAUAGGAAAGCUGCAAAGUCCCCCGAAGAUUCGGGCCUACAGUGGACAGCCAUGGCAGUGCCAGCACUCAUUUCUCUUGUAAUUGGCUUUGCUUUUGGAGCCUUAUACUGGAAGAAGAAACAGUCAAGUCUUACAAGGGCAGUUGAAAAUAUACAGAUUAAUGAAGAGGAUAAUGAGAUAAGUAUGCUGCAACAGAAAGGGAGAGAGUUUCAAGAGGUGUAAUUGUGGAUGUAUCAACAUUGUUACCUUCGUGCCGUGGCUGGUAACAGUUCAUGUUUGCUUCAAUCAAUGAAGCAGCUUUAAACAAAAUUCCUAUUCUGUCUCAAGUGACAGACCUCAUCUUUAUCUGUUCUUGGUCCCCAUGACCUUGUAUGGAUGAUUCAGAAGUUGGAGCAGAGUGUUCAGCUGUGAAACUGGCACUGAAUUAUCAUCUACAAAGAAGAAUUUGCAUGGAGCAGGACUCUGGAGGUUUUGCAAGGGAUGAUGGGAAAGACAACACGUGUCCAGUC